UAUCUGAAUUCAGGAGUAAAAGUAUGUAGAGUUCGUAACUAACAGCCGUGAAGUACGAAUAUCUAGACAGAAUAACGAACGGAAGUACAGUCAGCGCUAGCUACACCACCAUUAUGGCUAUUUCAGGCUGUAAUCCAGUUAGCACUUUCUAUCCUUUAAUUCCUAAAUCCAUGAGUCGAAAGUACUUCUAGAAUUAAAAUGAUAUAUGCCGUAACUGUACUAUUGACAGUUGUGACAGGUAGUUGGCGACAGUUGGCGAGCAAACUCGCAACGGUCGAGGUUGGGUGUCGCAAGUUAUACAUGUAUAAGAUUGGUUAAUUUGAAUUUGGUUUUGCACUCUGUUGAAUCGACUUUAAUUUAGAACGAGGGAAACGACAACGGCCAAUAAUCGUCGUCAUAUUUUAGACUAAACCUGACGCAUGGCUUAAAGCCAAGAGCUAUAUAUAAUUAUCAUCAUCAUCAUCGUUGUGAUAUAUGUGUUGUGUGGAUUAAUUUCCGCAGGAAAUGGCUGUGGAAUUUAAGUAAAUGCUAAACAUGCGGAGUACAUGCGACGUGUCGGAAUCACCGUCCCAGUUAGUAACAGCGAAUAUGUGGCUGCUUCCUGCAGGGACAACAUAAUCAUUUAUUAGCGUCGUUUCCACUUUUACAUUAAUCUAAACAUGUUUUCCUUCGUAUAUGACGUGUGGCCGACAAUAGAGGAUAUCGUAGUCGAAUACAUUGACGUGGACUUUACGUUGUGGCUGUCAUGGCUUCUAAUGCCACUUCUUGUAACAUUUCUGCUCCCGCUUGUGAUUGUGCUGCUGCUAUAUUUAACUUCCCUAAUACUAUACGUCUACAAGUUGCACAGAGUUAGAUUAAGAAAUGCUUAUGGUACUGACUGGCGAAAUGCAGCACGUUAUACAGUCGCAGCUGUCUGGGAUGCACAUGGUUGGAUUUGGCAUGGAUAUGAGGUCGUAGGCUUAGAAAAUAUCCCGCAGGACAAGCCAGUGCUGUUCAUAUACUAUCAUGGAGCUAUCCCGAUUGACUUGUAUUAUUUUAUAUCCAAAAUAUUCCUAUUUAAUUCGAAGCUAGUUCACACAGUGGCGGAUCGAUUUCUCUUCAACUUUCCUGGAUGGUCGAUAAUCUCCGAUGUCAUGAAAGUUAUACCUGGUACCAUUCAAACAUGUUCCGCUAUUUUAAAAGAGGGAAAUAUGCUCGCUAUUUCACCGGGCGGAGUGUACGAAGCACAGUUCAGCGAUUCCUAUUAUCAGCUUAUGUGGCAGAAAAGAAUGGGUUUUGCGAAAGUUGCGCUGGACGCGAAAGUGAGUAUAGUUCCAUUCUUCACAAAAAAUGUCAGAGAAGCGUUCAGAACAGUGAGCUGGGGACAAAGGAUGUGGUUGAGGAUAUACGCUAGGACGAAGUUUCCACUUGCACCUAUUUAUGGUGGCUUCCCCGUAAAGUUGGUAACGUACGUCGGUAAGCCUAUCCAAUGCGAUGGAGAUCUCACACCUGAAGAGUUGCAGCUGAAGGUUGCUGAUGCUCUUCAAAAUUUAAUAAGAAAACAUCAAAGGAUACCAGGCAAUAUAUCAUGGGCGUUAGUAGAAAGAGUACGUAAUAUAGAAAGAUAGAAGGGUAAAGAAUAACCUUCUUUUUGAUGUACUUAAUGAUUAACAAAUGGUGCAGUUCACAGUAUGUCUUAGAAGAUAUUUUGGUAUAAUGGAUUAGUCGGUUUUAGAUGGUAAUACAAAAAGAAUAAAAUAGUAAGAGUUGUUCCAUUUGAUAAGUAUAACCGAUUUUUCUAUAUUUAUAUUUGUUUUAUACUUGUACUUAUAUAUGGUUGAUUAUUAUAAAGAGAUUUAUUUAUAACAUUCAUAGAAAUAUGUAUAUACACAUCUUGGUGCAUUUCUAAACCAACUUGUCAUGAUACAGAUACAGCAUAAAAAUGUGAAAUAAUGUAUUUUUCAAGUGUUAUAUUAAGUAUAAAAGUACAAAUGUGAUCAUUAUAUUACAUGGGUUCCUGCCUUGUUACCUUAUUACCAUGACCUUUAUUUCAUGUAUUUUACUAUAUAUAACUUAUUUUGUACAAAAUAUUACAAUAAAAAGAGAAAUUACAAUAAAUAA